AUGAACAUGGGCAAGCGGCGCAAGAGCCCGCCCCCCGCCCCACCCCAGGUGCUGGAAAACAGGGCUGUCCUUGUACCCCCAGCGGAAGUCAAUGAAAAUUCUCUUAAGAGAUUAAGUGCCUACUUAGAAAACCUCCAGAAAUCAGGCUUCAAGUCUUUGAAACCAACCCAGCUUGUGUUUUAUGUAAGAGAAACAGACCAGAAUUCCUCUGAUGGCCAGGAACACUUCAGCACUUCAGGAUUUCGAGCAGUCAAAUUUACUUUGCACACCAGAGGUCUGUUAAGCACAGUAUUAUAUAUUCUCAACUCCUGCAGUUUAUCCAUUGAACAUAUCCAAAGCUUGAAUACUAAUGUGCAUUCCCAGCCUCUCAAAGAGGCCAAAAGGAUAUCUGACAGGCCCAUCAAAUGGGACAAGUCUUACUACUCCUUUACUGGGUUCAAGGACCCUGAUGAAGACCUCGAGCAAGUCUGGAGAAUGGAAACAACCCUAACGUAUAGCUGGUUUGAUAACAAUGGGAAAAGUGCUGUUAAAAAGCUGAAGAAUAGUUUGCCACUUAGAAAAGAACUAGAUGGUUUAAAAGAUGAACUGUCCCAUCAAUUGCAGCUCUCAGAUAUCAGGUGGCAGAGGAGCUGGGGCAUCGCCCACCGCUGCAGCCAGCUGCACAGUUUAGGCCGCUUAGCCCAGCAGAACUUGGAAAGCCUUAAAAAUACAAAAGGAUGUACAGUAAUAUUUACAGACCGGUCCGGGAUGAGUGCAGUGGGCCAUGUGAUGCUGGGAACAAUGGAUGUCCAUCAUCACUGGACAAAACUUUUUGAAAGAUUACCGAGUUAUUUUGACCUGCAGAGGAGGCUGAUGCUUCUGGAGGACCAAAUAAGCUAUCUUCUAGGUGGCAUCCAAGUUGUUUAUAUCGAAUAAUUACAGCCAGUGUUGACACUUGAAGAAUAUUACUCUCUUCUUGACGUGUUCUAUAACAGACUCUUGAAAAGUCGAAUACCUUUUCACCCUCGAAGUUUGCGUGGUUUGCAAAUGAUCCUUAACAGUGACAGAUAUGCUCCAAGUCUGCACGAACUUGGGCAUUUUAACAUUCCGAUCCUCUGCGACCCAGCAAACCUCCAGUGGUUUAUUCUCACCAGAGUCCAACAGGCAAGAGAGAACAUGAAAAGAAAAGAAGAGUGA